CUUCAGUUCCAAAGAGAGACACGGUUGGAGCUGCUGAUACUACUGACUUGUAGAGGGUGCCGGAACGAUGUGCACUGAACUUGAAUGCGGGAUCUGCUACCGAGCGUAUAGCACCGGUCGCCGCUGUCCCAGGGAGCUGAGCUGUCGCCACACUUUUUGCGAGAGGUGCCUGUUCACCUUAGCCCUCAGUCCCAAACACCUCUCAGUAGAGGACGAGACCCGGCGAGAGGACCCCCGGUGCGACACGGCGAUCAUUGUCUGCCCGCUUUGCCGGCGUUCCACGUCGGUCUCCAGCCCCUCCGGCGUCCGGCGAGAACUCCGGGUGGACGAGGCGGUUUUGGAGCGGAUGGAGGUGGCCGGGGUGCUGCACGGAUACGACGGUCAAAGCGAUGGGGAAGACGCCGAAGAAGAGGGAGCGAGUGAUGCUCCUCCAGAAAGAGACCCCUGUGGCACAGCCGGAGAAGAAAGCGACGCCCCCCUGUCCAGAAAAGGCAAACUCUGGAGGUCCAUCAAGCGCUUUUGGAAGAAGUGCGCGGGCACUAGCAGCGGCACACAGCGUGGAAUCCACUGCACAUCGGAAGACCUGAAGGACAUAGCACUGAUGACCUGCUACACGAUGAUGUGAGCGUACAUAGGCUGAUCACUGUCUCCACUACGCCGCACAGCACCUGUCACAACAAGGUUUUCUAACUUGUGGUGAAAUAUGCACCAGAAAGCGUCCUGGAGAUAUGCCUGGUGGGUCGGGACUGCUUGGACUGUUUGCGCUAUAGCAUUGCGUUAUUUUCUUUAAGGCAGCUGUCAACCAUUUUCAGUGUUUCAAGCUCUCAGAAUGAGAAUGUUAAGUACAGAUACUCACAGGAAAGUGGGAUUCUUCAGACUGCCAAGACAGCGGUAUAAUUGUACUACGAUCAAGUCACGUUAAAAGGUUAAUUUAAAAUGAACUAAGAGACAAGAAACAGAAACUAACCUUAAUUCACAUUCUCAGAAAAAUGCGUUUAGAAAUUACCGUGUAUACACGUAAGCACUAUAUUUUUAGAGAUGUUAGUAAACGCUGGCUCUGUAUAGUCUAACAGAAGUGAUGUACAAUGCGAAAGGGUCCGACUUUAUUUGAUAACAACAACCUAAAGCCUUGGGGAAAUAUUUAACAUCCACACUAAAAGUAAUUUUAAGAAAGGUGGUAUUUUAUAUUCAAGAUUUCGCUGAUUUAGUUCGACAGAACCACUGUGGAAAAGUCGCCCUGUAAAUCAGUUUUUCAAAGUAUUUGGGGGCUCUGAAUCGACUCAGUGAUGUAACUGAGUUAGAAGCGAAUCUUCCAUUGUGUUUGUGUCCUUAAUAUCCCAAACGUUAACUGGCAAGAGUUCAUGAUGUACGUGCACAUUGCUUAUACUUCAAAUGGCAAGUUUGAGAAGGUAUCUGUGUGCACUAGUCAAGUAGAAGCCACUGAAACCCAGUGGUAUUUAUGUCUCCCGUGGGCAAGACUGCUUAUUGUGUGCUGAAAUGUACGCUAUGUUUAUUCAGACAUACGGGGAAAGCCAGCCGCAAAAGUAACAUGACGUCAACGCCGACCUUUAGUCUAAACUGUGGAAUGUGCAAGGAUGACGUUGAGGAGAAAAUUUAAACGUGAAAGCUGUGAGACUGGUUUGUGUGGUCUUGUCCUCCUCUUUGUGUCAUCUUCUUGUUUUAUAGAUGAAGCAUUGUUUGACAAGUAUGUAAUUUAAGUUACUGUAUAUAGGUAUCGUAAUUUAUUUUGUUAAAGGUGUGUGCAGCAAUAUUUGUAUUAGCUAAAUAUAAUUUUGUAAUAAAAAUGUAUUUUUAAAAUA